AUGCUGCCCCUGCGCCUAUGCCGGCUGUGGCCCCUCAACCCUCACAUUUGGUUCUUCGCAGCGGCCGCCCGGCAGCGGUCUGGCCCCAGUAACUACUACGAACUCUUGGGGGUGCAGCCUGGUGCCAGCGCUGAAGAAGUUAAACGAGCUUUCUUCUCCAAGUCCAAAGAGCUGCACCCUGACCGGGACCCCGGGAACCCAGCCCUGCACAGUCGCUUUGUGGAGCUGAGUGAAGCAUACCAAGUGCUGAGCCGUGAGCAGAGCCGCCGCAGCUAUGACCACCAGCUCCGCUCGGCAGCCUCCCCAAAGUCCCCAGGAACCACAGCCCACCCCAGGUCUGCACACCAGGCUUACAGUUCUGGGGCACCCCCCAAUGAACAAUACUGGGCCCAGUUUCAUAAAGUGAGGCCUCAGGGACCAGAAUCCAGGCAGCAGCAGCACAAACACAACCGGCGAGUGCUGGGGUACUGCCUCCUGAUCAUGCUGGCCGGCAUGGGCCUGCACUACGUGGCCUUCAGGAAGCUGGAGCAGUUGCAUCGUAGCUUCAUGGAUGAGAAGGAUCGGAUCAUCACAGCCAUCUAUAACGACACUCGGGCCCGAGCCAGGGCCAACAGAGCCAGGCUCCUGCAGGAGCAGCGGCAGAGGCAGCAGCUGCAGCCACCACCCGGGCCACCCCAAGGCCCCGGGGUCGUGCCCCCGGGCCCCUGA